UUCAUAACAUAAUUCAAAUUCACUCCAAACCAGACUCUCUGUCUCUCUCUCUCUGUCUCUCUCUCUCAUACACCAAACCAAACCCAAUGGUGGAUUCAACAUCAGACCCACCUCCCCCGUACCCCAACCAGCUGGUCCCACGAAUAUCUCCUCCUCCUCCAUCACUACCACCACCACCACCACCGCCACCACAACCACAAGCACAGCCCUGCAAGUUCACGUUCCCUGCUCUAACGAGGCCCCCCAUAAGAGUAACCACCGAGUUCGACAGUGACAGCUUCCUCUUCUUCCAUAAAAUCUCUUGCAAGUUCCUUGACAACUUGGCCAAGCUCAAGCUCUCUUUCCAAAACGAUAGCCAGGGCGAGAUUAUCCAACCCCAACUCAGCUUCAUCACCAAACACCUCUCUGUUCACUACGAUUUUGAGGAAUUCAAUGCUCUCCUCAAAUCCUCUCUCCAGCUCGGUUCUAGGUUGCAGCUUCGUGCUCUCCACGAUGUCAAGGCACAUCAAGGAGAGCUGUCAAUGGUUGCAAACAUUGCUGAUCCUGGCUAUGCAUUUGAAUUGACAUCUCCAGUCCCGUCUAGUGUGCCCAGAGCAACCCUUAAAUUUCCCCUUGGUGAAGUAUCAUUAGAAGAAAGAGAAGAGGAGGAAGUCAAAAGAACAUUGUCUGUGAAUGGGAUUUUUAAAGGCCAUAUUUUGAAUGGAGUCUGCACUGCUCAAUACAAGGAUGAAGAUUUGAAUCUAAGAUAUGCCUACAAGGACGAGCAAUUGUCAUUCAUCCCAAGUGUUUCUUUACCUUCAAAUGUAUUUUCAUUUGCAUUCAAGCGCCGGUUUGGUCCUUCAGAUAAAUUGAGCUACUGGUACAAUUUUGAUUCCAAAUACUGGAGUGCUGUGUACAAGCACGUACAUGGCAAAGACUUCAAGUUUAAAGCUGGUUAUGAUUCAGAGGUGCGCCUUGGCUGGGCCUCUCUUUGGGUUGGAGAUGAAGGUGGCAAAGCAAAGACGGCUCCAAUGAAGAUGAAAGUUCAAUUCAUGCUCCAAGUGCCACAAGACAACAUUGGCUCUUCAGCCUUGAUGUUCCGUGUCAAAAAAAGAUGGGACAUAUGAUCUAAUUCUGGACAGCCUGUUCUCCUUUCUUAUACAUUAAAUAUUGGUUCUAUAUGGUAGCGCAGCUUGUUACAUCACGGCCCGUUGUACUGAUGCUUGUUGCUACAUAAUAAACAUCGUAUGGUUGUUAUUCUCUUUGAAAUUAGAGCUUUAGUGGCCAUCAUGUGACAGGAAGACCAUAUAGAAUUUUAAGAGAAUUCCAAAUUUCCAACAACAUAAAGCUAUCUCCUGAUGCAAUGACGUUCAUUGCUAAUUUUUUAUGCAUAGAAUUUUCUAUUUUAUAA